AUUCCCUCUAAACUCUUCCAAAAAUAUCUCUCACAGCAAUACCUUUUUCCCGGUGGCAUUCUGUUAUAAGAAAUUCGCACUUUUUGUGCAACUCUAUCUUCCAUCAAUGACUGCGCUUACGAGGCAUCACGUCUACCCACAAAGUUUCGGGGUCCCAAGUUCCAGAGAUGGGCACCUGAUCGGAGCUCUCGGACGGGGAGUCCACCGGUUCGGGGUUGGAGUAUCGACGAGCCGCAGUGGGUUCUGCUUGAGGAAGUGUAGAUCGUGCAGAGGCGAGGAUUGUGAAGGGAGGAAUCGUGGAAAUUCGAGGUUAAAAGAAGUGAAAACGAAGAAGGAAAGUGAGUUUUGGAAAUUUUGGAGGUCUGGUGUUCUGGGUAAGUUUAAUUUGGUUUUGGGGUCGGAUGUUGAUCGGGAGAAGCUUAUGGCAAAUAUGGAGGGUUUGAUUUCUACAGCUGCACUGCAAAUUGGAAGAUAUAUCGUUACCAUGAUGAGCACUGGUGUUGUACUUGCUGUUGGAUUUCAGCUAUCAGGUGGAGACAGUCAGAUGAACACACUGAUUUGGUAUAGCUGGCUUGGAGGGGUUAUUAUUGGAACCAUGAUUGGUGCUAACAUGGUAUUAGAGGAGCACUGCAGAGCUGGUCCACGCAAUGUUGUUAUAACUGGAAGCACAAGAGGAUUGGGGAAAGCACUAGCCAGAGAGUUUCUUCUUUCUGGAGACCGUGUGGUUGUGGCAUCACGCAGUCCUGAAUCCGUUCAAGAAACUCUCAGAGAGCUGGAGGAGAACUUAAAUGGUCUAAUGCUCAGAAAUGGUUCUUCCAAUACAAGCCUGUCACAUGCUAAAGUUGUUGGCACAACGUGCAACGUCCGCGACCCUGAAGAUGUUCAUAACUUAGCUGAAUUUGCUUUAAACGAACUUGGUUCCAUUGACAUUUGGAUAAACAAUGCGGGCACAAAUAAAGGCUUUCGACCAUUACUGCAGUUUACUGAUGAGGAUAUUAUUCAGAUUCUCUCAACAAACCUUGUUGGUUCGCUUCUUUGUACACGAGAAGCCAUGCGGGUAAUGAGAAAUCAGGCUAAAGGAGGGCAUAUAUUUAACAUGGACGGUGCUGGCUCUGGAGGUUCAAGUACUCCUUUGACGGCUGUGUAUGGAUCAACAAAAUGUGGUCUUAGACAGCUUCAAUCAUCUCUUUUGAAAGAAUGCAGGCGGUCCAAUGUAGGAGUACACACUGCAUCUCCUGGCAUGGUUUUGACAGAUCUCCUUCUUAGUGGUUCAACUGUGAGAAACAAACAGAUGUUCAACAUCAUAUGUGAGCUUCCUGAAACAGUUGCUAGAACAUUAGUUCCUCGGAUGCGGGUCGUGAAAGGAACAGGAAGAGCCAUCAACUACUUAACUCCUCCAAGAAUCUUAUUAGCUCUGGUCACUGCCUGGCUGCGACGAGGUCGGUGGUUCGACGAACAGGGGAGGGCUCUGUAUGCAGCGGAGGCAGACAGAAUACGUAACUGGGCCGAAAACCGCACUCGUUUCUCCUUCACCGAUGCAAUGGAGAUGUACACAGAGAACACCUGGGUGUCUGUCUUCUCCCUUUCAAUCGUUUGCGCAUUCAUAAUUCUCUCUACCACAACAAACAACACAUUCCCUGGAACUUGAUUUUCUUCGAAUACAACACGAACCAAGAGAGCAUUCGAACGUCGUCGGGAAAGCAGCAUUGUUAGAUACUGAUAGGGGAGAAGAAAAGAGAGGAGAAAGGGACAUUGUUAGUUGAGCUAGCCUCCUUGCACACUAAGGGAAAACCAACCCCCACUUCCUCUAGCAAAUGUAUUGACUGACUGCCUAACCGCAAACGCAGAGGCAUGAAAAGGGCCUCUGGAGGCGUAUUUAUUUGUUUAGCUCAAUGGACUGAUCUGCAUUGAAAUGUAGUGUGUAAGAAGCCCACAAGAAUUCAAGUAAAGUUGGUGCCUUUUUUAAUACUCUGCGUGCGCGGCGGGACUUGGUCAAGUCAAAUGCUUUGCCGGGUUCACAAAUGGCUUCUGCUCUGUUCUGCCUUCCACGUUUGAACAAGCAACCACCGUCUCCAUCUCCACCACUCUCUUGGCUGGCAGCCGGUGGGAUAUAUAUUUAUAUUGAAAACGUUGCAAGCAAGCUUAUAAUUCAAGACUAGCAAAUAUAAUAUUGUAAUUUUUAAUUCCCCCUCACCACACGGUCUUAUUGUGGUCAAA